AUGGCAGAGAAGCGGCGGCACUUGAGGAAUGACGGGGCACAGAAAUGGAGCUGGCAUCAGGUCAUACAGUGGGUCAGUCUCAGAGGGCAACACCGGCGAUGUCAGUUUCAUGACGUGCUGUUCAUGACGCCUGAGGACGGAGAAGAAGAAAUAGGUACCAAAUACUACAGCUUUACAGCAGAUGCAUGUCCAUCUGGCUACGUCCACAAUCGCCUCCUCAACUUCUGCUACCAGGUUCAUACUGACCGUACCCCCCAUAAGAAGGCGCUUGCUGACUGUGCGUCCAGAGGAGAACACUUUGUUGUAAUUGACAGUGCGGACAAGCAGAACCACGUCGUCAGGCAGGUCAACUCGUCAUCAGAAAACAGAAAAAUUAACUUCUUCAUUGAUGGUUCAGAUCUGGCAGAAGAAGGGAAAUGGGUAUACCAUGACGGCCGACCUAUGACGUACUUUGCCUGGCGCCCAGGCUACCCGCUUGACAUAUAUCCUGAGCAGGAUUUCAUCAUCAUCCACCAAUCAAGCAACACUGGCAGUGCAUUUAUGUGGCAAGACAGGAAGAAGAAUAACGCAUACCGCUACAUCUGUCAAAAAGACCUUUGA